AUGACGCUGGCUCAACAGGCACCACCACCGGGUCCGCCACAAGCAUCUCCACAACCACAUCAUCAACCACACCCACAACAGCAGCAGCAACAGCAGCAGCAACAGCAACAGCAACAACCACCACCACUUCAUCCUCAGUCAGUCGCCACGCCGCAGCUCCCGCCACCACCGCCAUGGCAACAACACGGUGGAGACGACACGAUGCGUGCAUGGCUACUGGCCAAAGCAGAGGAAGAAAAACGCCGCGCCGAAGAAGAACGAACGCAUCAGGAAACACUCCGUCUCGAACAACGACGAACGGAACAUGACAUUCUCCGGACUUCGCUUUCCGGCGGCAUUCCACCACCGAUGGUGCCGGUUGUCUUUGCGGGCAUGGCCGGAGGCAACCUGCCGCAGGCUGCUCUUGAAUGGGCUCACCAGAUCAUGUUUCCGCAUGGUCCGCCUCCUUUGCCACCACCACCCCCGCCGCCACCGCCGCAUCAUAUGCAACAACAACAGCAACAACAUUCACAACAGCAGCAGCAGCAGCAGCAGCAGCAGCAGCAGCAAGAGCAGCAACAACAACCGCCGCAUCCACAGCUCCUAUUGACCGGUCCAGGUGCAGGAGGUCACCAUCCGCUGGAUCCCCAGCGUCCAGAGUCUCUGUCGCAACAGCAACAGCUUCCAUCGCAACAGUCACAACCGCCACCGCCUCCACCGCCGCCACAACAGCAGCAGCCACAGCAUCACCCACCGCCGUUUGGACAGGGACCGUAUGGGCCUGGGGCCAGGGAUGGAGUGGACGGCCCGAACGAGGGGUACCAGCAGCCGCAGCCAGCGGCAUUGAUCUGCAAGCCUCGCCGCCGAUUCUUUUCUACCACUGGCAACCUCCCGGCGUUGGCGGAGGAGGUGGUAGUGGCGGUGGAGGAGGAAGUGGCGGAGGAUCCGGGGGUGGCGGAGGAGGAAGCGGAGGCGGCACGAGCCAGCCUGCGGCAUCAGCAAACCCGCCACCCGGUCGACGACGAGGACACGCACGACAACGCAGUGACAUGUCGUCCUACCGAGGAGCAGGCCGUGGCGGGUACGGAAGCGGCGGAGGCGGCGGGGGCGGCGGUCACCCUCGAGGCAUGUCGCCAUCGCCAUAUUCUUCAGCGCCGCCCUCUGCGACCGGUUCCUUGCGAGACGGGGAGGAAGGAGGCGGACCGAAUCGAUCACAGCAACAGCAGCAACCGUCGCAGCCUCGAAGCGGAGGACAUACCGUGUCGUCCUUGUUGUCAGAAGACGUGCCGUCAUCGAGCGGACCGUACAGCCAAGACCAUCGCGAUGCGCCAGAUCGAAGCGCGCGCGGAGGCAGCGAGCGCCGCCGUUCACCCCACCGCCAAAGCGACGACAAACGGCGAGGCAGUGCGACGGGUGGCCACGGAGAAAGUGGUGAUUGAUCAAGAACGACGGCCACGGUUGGCCAUCUUGUCCCAAAGCGCGAUGCGUUAG